AUGCGAUCGCGGUCGCCGACCCGCACCGGCGCGGCACAGCGGCGCGGCACCUCGACACGGAGGAAGACCGCGUCUCCGGAGGCCCAGCUCGCCACGCGGGAGGGCCUCAGGCAAGCCGUGCACCAGGACGCGAUCGACGCGACCACGCUGGCGCGAUCUUCUCGCCUCGUUCUCGGCACCGCCCCCCAGGAGGCCGAGGAGCCGGGCGGCUUCCGCGCGCUCGCCGACGCGGCCGAGCAGGCCCUCGCGGAGGACGACCUGAAGCCGCGGCACCUCAGGAUAACGUACACGCGCGGCUCCGACGAGGACGAGCUGCACGAGGACGUUUUCGAGGACCCGAGCGAGCUCCAGAAGGGACCCAGGCUGCUUGUGUCGCUGAAGUCCGUAUUAGCGCUCAAGACGCUCUGCGAGCGGGAGUUCAGGAGGGUCCAGGAGCUCUCGUGCGUGCUGAACGACUGCCGCGCGGCGUACUUCAAGGAGCUGAUAUGGUUGCGGGAGCAGUUGCACCGCGGCGAGUGGCCCGACGCGGAUUACGAGGUGUUCUGGUACGACCCCCCGCAUUACAUGGACGACGAGCUGAAGGAGUUUCUGAAGGAGUGCAUCCGGUUUACGAACCGGAAGCUGAUCGUCGAGAACUCGGAGCUCAGGGCCCAGCUGCAGAAGGGCGCGGGGGACGUCACGACCCUCAGCUCCAGGAUGCACCUCAUCUUGAAGAAGUUCGGGUCUGCGCAGGUCCUCAAGGAGCUGCACCUCGUCGUGAGCACCGGAGCGGCGUCCGGGGCCAAGGCGCAGAAGACGCAGAUGGACGAUCUGGAGAAGGCUGUCGAGGAAUGCUUCACCAACUUCCGCAGGGUGGACGACGGGUGGGAGGCGAGCGCCAUAAGCAGGAGCUACACCGACUACAGCGACAAAAGGCGGCCGUCGCGGGCCGUCGUGGGCAGCCAGGCGCAGACGGCGCAGGGCGAGCUCGCGGUCGCGCUGAGCGCCGAGCGGGCCCGCGCGGACCGGGAGCGACAGCGCGCCGACGACCUCGCCGAACAGCUGGCCGCAUUGCAGGCGGAGCUGGAUCAGUUCAAUGGCCUGGAGGUUGCCAGGGAGAAGACUGAGCAGGAGUUCGCAGAAUUGAUGCGUUCAUCCAAGGAUAUUCCCGAGCUUGCCGAUGAGUUGACUGACAGGGCCGUGGACGCGACGGAGAAGGCCCGACGUUCCAGGCCGACCAACCUGGGGGCCGCUCCUGGGGCCGCCGCGCCCGGGACGCCAGGCGAGGAGCCGCCAUUGCCGCUGGCCGGCCGGCGCCAGAGCGCCCAGGGCAGCCCAGAAGGCCUGCGGCUGCGCCGCGCCGCGCCCUCGUCGCCGGCGGGCGCCGCCGCCACGGCCGCCGAGGAUGACGCGAGGGACAGCCACAGCCGCGGAUCUGCUGACGGCCGCAGCCGCCGCGGGUCGAGCGAGGCGGCCAGCCCGACGGCGCCCGGACGCCCGCGCGCGGCCGCGGAGCCCGCUGGGGCCGCCGCGCGCCCGGAGGACGAGGUGGUCGCGCACGUUUCCAAUUCCGCCCCCAUGUACGGCAGCGUCUCUCCCGUCAUGGACCGCAGCUCGGAGCACGGGGCGGCCCUCUCGCCCAAGGCGUCGCCCGUAACCCAGGGCCGCAGCUCGGAGCCCGAGGCGGCGCUCUCGCCGAAGGCAGAGGCGGAGGCGGGGGGGCAGCCGCGGCCGCCCGCGGCGGACGAGGGCGUCGCCCAGGACCGCCCGGCCGCGGCCGGCGGGGGCGCCGCUCAGGAGGCGGCUCUGCUUGUCCAGCGGGAGCGGCACGAGGCCGAGGCGGCGCGCCUGAAGGACCAGGCAGCGGAGGUGGAGAAGCAGCUCCGCGAGGAGAUCGCCUCGCUCGCGCAGGAGGUCGCGCGCCUCCGGAGCACGGCGCCCCCGCGGGAGCAGCCGGCGGCGCCGCCAGAGGAGGCGCCACCGCAGGCGACCCCGCUGGCCCUCCUCGGGGAGCGGCUGCGGGAGUCCGAGGACAGAGCGGAUUCGCUCGUGGCCGAGGUCGCGGAGCUCAGGAGGAGACUGGACAAGGCCACCGAGAUGAGCCCACAGAAGAGGAGGGCGAGGACACCGUCGAAGCCGUCGCGCUCCGAGGAGGACAGCGACAGCGAGGGCGGCGCGGAUGCUGAUGAGGUGCAGACGUCCCUUUCCUACAGCCAGCGCACCAAGUUCUCUACCAAGAAGAGGUACCUUCUGCUCUUCGAGGACUCGAAGGUUAAGGACGGGAUCCGGAGUCGGAGGGCGCGUUCCAUGUCCCCAGAGCGCGUGUAUCCAGGCCUUCAGUCGGAUCAGGCGAGCUCGGCGUUCGACUUCCUGAGCGGCGCGAGGAGAACGGUGGUGGCCCCCCAGAGCGUGCGCCUGCAGGUCCAGCCGGGCGGCGCCGCGGAGGGCGCGGGGGCGCAGGCCUGUGCGGCCGCGAGGCUGCCGGCGGAGCUGCGGGGCCCCCUGGUGGCCGCCCCGAUGGUGCAGGCGCUGCAGCGGCGCGCGCCGGCGGAGGCGCUCGGGGAGCGGCGCGGCACGCCGGGGCGGGACUCCAGCCUGGGCCGCGCGGCCGCGGUCGCAGGCCUGCCGCUGCAGCCCCGGGGCCACGCCGGCCGAGCCGCCGCGGCGAACGCGGCGGACUGGGAGGCCGAUCCCGCGGCGAGCUCGUCCGCCGCUCCCGCGGCGGCGCGGGCGGUGGCGGCCGUGGAGCUCGGCGCCGCGGCGCAGGUGGACUUCCGCCAGUGGUGGCACGACGACGCCGCUGCGCGGGGCAGUCCGGCAUCCUCGCCCGUGCGCCGACGCGCGGGACUGCAGGCGCUGCGGGGGCCCGCGGGCGGCCCCGACGGCGACGCCGAGCAGCUGGGCUUCCUGCCGCCGCCGCACGCGGCCGCCGCUGCGCGCACCGCCGCAGGCGCGUCCCCGGCGCGCGGGGCCGAGCCGGAGGCGGAGGCGGAGGAGGCC